AUGAAGAUACUAUGGAUAUUACUGCUUGGCUUAGUGCUUACUGAGCAGUUGAGUUUUGCUCAGGAUGAGAAGAUGGAGCCUGAGGUAGAGAGGGAAGAUGAGGGAAUUGUAAAGGACAGAAUGGAAGCAGCUGCUGACACAGAGGCACCAGCAGUAGAAGAGGAGGAGGUACAAAAACCUGAGGGCCCAACGCCAUCGGUUGAGCCUGAUGACAGACAUCCUUGUGCCAUGUGGAUGGGUGGUGUGCCUGGCACGCCGGGGCACAGCGGGCAUCCAGGCAGGGAUGGGAGAGAUGGCCGUGAUGGUCCAAAGGGUGAGAAAGGAGAUCCAGGUGUACCUGGUGAGAGAGGAGAGCCUGGUGUGAAAGGAGAUACUGGUCCAGCAGGACCACGUGGAUUCCCAGGUAACCCAGGACUAAAAGGGGCUCGUGGUGAGAGUGCUCUGUCGUAUCUGUCCGCCUUCAGCGUGGGUUUGAGCGAACUGCUGCCCCCUACCAACACACCCAUUCGCUUCAACAAGUUCUUCUAUAACGACCAACGCCACUACGACGAUGUUACUGGGAAAUUCCACUGCGUCUUGGCUGGAGUCUACUUCUUCACCUACCACCUCACUGUCUACACCAAGGAUGCUCGAGUCAGCCUCUACAAGAACGACAAGCCUGUUAUGUUCACAUAUGACCAGUACCAAGAGAGUAAUGUGGACCAAGCUUCAGGGUCCAUCAUCCUCAAGCUGCAGGCAGGUGAUAAAGUGUGGUUGCAGAUCUUUGGGGAGGAGGAAUUCGGAGGAGUAUACGCAGACAACACCAACGACUCGACUUUCUCGGGGUUUCUCCUGUACCCUGACAUGUCUGUGGCUGCCCGCAGGCGCUGA